UUUUUUCGAAUACUUUAUUUAAAUAUGGACAAAAAUAAAACACAUUUUGAUGUGAUGAGUUUAUUUAAUGGGAAUAAAUCAGAUUUUGUUAAAAUAUCGGCCCCCAUGGUGCGAUAUAGCAAAUUACAAUUUAGGUCGCUUUUAAGAAGUUACAACUGCGAUUUAUGUUUUACACCAAUGAUUCUGGCAGAUUCAUUUUGCCAAAGUAGUAAAGCAAGAAAUAAUGAAUUCACAACAAAUUCCUAUGAUUCUCCUAUUAUAACUCAAUUUGCUGCUAAUAAUGUUAAUGAUUUCGUCACAGCAUCGAAAUUGAUAUCUCCAUUCUGUGAUGGUGUUGAUUUAAAUUGUGGGUGCCCUCAAAGAUGGGCAAAACACAUGGGAAUUGGAUGUGUUAUGUUAGAGAAUCCCCAAAUAAUAUUUGAUAUGGUACAAGAGUGUAGGAAUCAAAUAGCUCGACCUUUCACAGUUAGUGUUAAAAUGAGAAUUUUAAAGGAUGUUAAGAAAACUUUGGAAGUUUGUAAACAACUGGAGAAUUGUGGAAUUAGUUUUUUAACAAUACAUUCUCGCACUUCUUCCCAACUAACAGGAGAUAUUGAUUUAAAUACUCUUAAAUUAAUUACAGAAAGUGUUAAUGUACCAAUUAUUGCUAAUGGAGGGGUGAAAAGUUUAGAGGAUUGCCAAAAGUUACAUCAAGAAGUUAAUUGUCAAGGUGUUAUGGUAGCAAAUGGUCUCCUAACUAAUCCUAUGUUAUUUACAGGAUCAAAGGAAAUCACAAUUGAUUGUAUACAAAAAUGGAUAAACAUUUGUUUUAACUCAACAAUUAAACCAGACGAUUACAACUCAACAAAUAAAUUAACAAUCAAAGAAAAACCUUACAACUUAACAUUUCAAUGUUUUCACCACCAUUUAGUUUUUAUGUUAGAAAAGUUUUUACCACGUGCUAAACGGCGCAUAUUUAACGAUUUUAAACGUUUCGAUCAAGUUUUGGAUUUUCUAGCAGAUGAAUUUAAGGUUUUUCCACAAUUAUUUGAUUUAGAACAAUUUGAACAAAAUCAAAUUAGUAAUUUAGUGUAUAAUUGCGAAAUUAACAACAAAGAAAAUGUUGUUUGUGAAUAUGAUUAUGAAAAAGAUGGGAAUUUUUUUAAAAAUAAAGUACAAUUUGAUGGAAAUGAGGAAUUUGGUAUUCAAGAAUUGUAUUUAGAAGGUUAAUAUUCUAAAUUAUUAAUAAUAAUUAGCAACAUUUAAGGAGAUGUUGUUAUAAUUAGUAAAUUGAUUUGUUUUUAAUAAAUAUGUAUUAAUUUUGGA